AUGCCCUCCAAUACCAACGACAAACCUGAUCCUUCCCUCUAUCCAGUCCCUCAACUAGGCAACUUCCAAAAGUUCUGGGACGAGCUCAGAUCUAUUUCUCCACAAGACAAUCCCAAAAGAUACCAGCACAAAGAGGAAGCCCUCAAAAAGUUGUACUUCCUUCGUGACACAUCUCGGCUGUCAAAAAUCGGCGAAAAACUCUCUGCUAUGCGGUACAGUUCCGAUGGUAACCGAGUAGAUGAUUACCGCAUGAUAAUCUAUGUCCUUGACAUGCGCUGCUCGAUCAUUUAUCAUCCCUUUUGGAAUCUUGCAUCAAGGCAGUGCGGGAAGCUCAAAUCUGCGGAGUUUGUUUGGGAGACGUGUAAGGACUUGCUGGGUUGGUUCUAUGACAAGUAUAUCAACGAAAAGUAUUUGGGAAAGAUAUUUCCUCCUCAGAUACCGCCGGCAGCGGACCAGGCGUUUAAAGAUUGUCUGAAGCAGUUUGCUAUCCCUAGUCCUGAGAUGACCUGGACUAAUGUGAAGAAGUACGACAUACAAUCGGAUUUUAAUGAGUGGUGCAAAUUCAUGGAUCUAAAGAACGGCUUAUCGAAGCCGGACUUAGCCGAUGCGAGUCCCAAUCCUUUACAGAUGACCUCCACCACUCAAAAAUCACAACGAGUUGAUCGCUCCACCUAUCGAAGUCCCAAUCCUUCAACGAUGAUCGCCACUACUCAAAAACCACGACGAGUUGAUCGCUUCGUCUGUCCAACUCCCAAUCCUUCAACGAUGACCUCAAAUACUCAAAACUCACGACAAGUUGAUCAACCCGUCUACCAAUACCCUCAAAUAGGCGACUUCGUAAAGUUCUAUGACCAGUUUAAAGAGUUAGAGGACAAAAAGCAUCGGCAUUUGUACAAAGAAGCCCUCGAAGAAAUCUACCUUCUCCAUACUCCUCGAGAGGACGCAACUGUCCGCCUCCAAGCAGUUGGUGAAAAGCUCAAAUCAGCGCAGCUUCGAAAUCUCCCUGUAUUCCAACCCAUCGUUGAUAUUCUCGACAUGCGCGCUUCCAUUGUGUGUCAUCCCUUUUGGGAUCUUGAAGGUAGACCGGACGGUCUGGAAUUACAACCCAAGAAGGUGUCCAUUAGGAAGGCAAGUAAGGAAGUGCUGGAUUGGUUUCAUAAAAAUUAUACCAAGGACGAUCCUAGAGCGAUACCGCAGGACAAGCUUAAGCUCGUGCAAGAGUGUCGGGAGAAAUUUUGUGUCCUGUGUACUAAAAAUACGUGGAUUGAUGUGAGGAAGUACGAUGUACAGCUGUCAUUUAAGGCGUGGUUUGAAUUUGUCAGCCACAAGCAAGACAUAUCGAUGCUAGGUGGGAGUCCUAAUCUUCGGGACUAA